AUGUCGGCCGCACCCACAGACGCAACCGAGGGCGCCAUCAACCCCUCCUCCGCAACCCAACAGCCCGAGCUAGCAUCAACGGCCCAGCCAGCCCAGCAGAGUAACGACACUAUGCUCGCAUCUUCCUCCGGUCCAAUCCGCACGGCCGUGCGCAGCGUUGCCACAUCAGCCGCAGCCUCGACGUCCACACGUCCACUCUCGGGCAUCUUUGGCAUCAACAAGCCGAGCGGGCCUACGUCCAUGUCGCUGCUGGACGAGCUCAAGCCUCUGUUUGCCAGCUCUCCGCUCUUCGCCGAUGCAGACGGCAAGCGUGCGGAUGACAACCGCAAGCGCGGCAAGUUUGGCAGGGGGAAAGGGCGGGGCAAGUGGGCAGGCGGAGUGGCAGGAGCGCCCAAGAUCGGUCAGGGCGGUACACUCGACCCUCUCGCCGAUGGUGUUCUGGUCGUCGGUGUAGGAAGCGGCACCAAGCAGCUGCAGAAGUACCUCGACUGCACAAAGGAGUAUCGUACCACCGGGCUACUCGGAUCAGCAACCACGUCGUACGACUCGCAAGACCCUGUCCUCACCCGUAAGCCAUACGACCAUGUUGCGCCUCAGACGAUUGCGGAUCUUCUUCCCCGAUUCACUGGGACGGUGUUGCAGAUCCCACCGCUCUACUCGGCGGUGCGCAUUGACGGCAAGAGGCUGUUCGAGUAUGCGCGUGCAAACCUGCCUUUGCCAAGGCCAAUUGAACCGAGAAAGGUUACCGUGCACGAACUCAGGCUGGUCGACUGGCUCGAGGCGGGCACGCAUGGGUUCAAGGAACCGGAUCGCGAAGUGCCCGACGAAGACAAAGCACUCGUGGGCAGAGUCCUCGACAUGGCUGGCCGAAAGGAAGGUCAAACCGACACGGUCAAAGAAGAUCCCACCCAACCGGAGCAGCAGCCUGCACAGUGGAAGAAGCUUCCCACUUCCAAGGACGCCAAGGCUCAGGAGGGUGAGGCAGGUCCACCGGCUUUUGUACUGGAAAUGACCGUGUCGUCGGGAACGUACGUGCGCUCGAUUGUACACGAUCUGGCCAUCGCAGCCGAAUCGGCAGCACAUGUGCAGACGCUCACGCGCACGCGCCAGGGCGAAUGGUCCAUCGACUCAACCCCCGCCGAUGCCGGUUCGCAGCUGAUACCGGGUAACUGCAUCGAGUGGAAGGUCUUCGCCGACGCCAUCGCCGACAUGCAGCGCGAAAAGGCAGACGCCUCCUACCGCUCGCCUCGCGACCAAGACGGCCUGCGCGCCUGGGAGCGCCAACUGCUCAACACCAUCGUCCCCGUCUAG